AAAUAUGUCGUUGAUUGUACGUAAGUACGUAUAUAAGGUGCCCCCGGGAGCAGAUUCUUCAGUAUAUCUGCCACUGCGUAGCCGCAUAAAACGUACUCGAAUAUUUGAAGCUCUAAAAUGUUGUGGAAGCUUUUCUGCGUUGCUACACUAGCUGUAUGUGUGUUCGGACGCACCACGUUCAAUGGUGUUUCCAACAUCUACGCCUACGACCCCUAUGACGAGUACAGUGAAAUACUCGCCACAGAAUACUGUAAGGCCAGUCAUGCUGAACAAAAGAUCCCAGAAGUUAAGUCUUCCAUAAAAGCGUUCGGAAGCUGUUUGCUCGGCUUGUUUGAUACUGCUGCUAUUAGCGCCGAUUUUGAGGCGGCACAGGCUAAUGGAUCUUAUGACACAAUAAUCAGGAAGUACUGUACUAAAGCACCGCAGCUGAAGGAAUGUGCUCGUGGCCUGGUCGAAGGCAUGGCUCCGUGCCUGCCGGUCGAAACUACUGCCACGGGUCUAAAGAGCACCACCACCCUGAUCGACUUCGUUUGCGACAACGAUGGCGCGAGGGUUUCCUCUUUCGUUAAGGAAGGAGGCCCUCAGUGCAUUAAAGAGAACCAACUUGAUAUGGCAUUUUGCCAGCAAGCCAUGAAAUCCAACGUGACUAAACUUAUGGACGCACAUGGAGGUGGAGUGGCCGGCUCACUGGCAGUGUCUGAACAGGAGAGGUGUACUAUCACGGACGAGGGUUUGAUGUGUCUAGUGAACGUGCUGAAGGGCUGCUCAAACCCCAUCCCCAGAAGAUUGGGUCAGGAGUUCCACGAUGUCUACUUGGAGAGCAUGUCCUGCUCUGAGGUAACACAAGAGCAUCAAAAAGAAGUUGCUCAGGCGUUAUUGGGUCCAGUAACGAGUGAAAACGUGGAGCAACUGAAGAAGAAGAAGCUGGAAUUAGAAGUACGGAUCGCGGAACUAGAGAUGUGGAACAGAGAAAACGAACUGAACGUACAACACACUGUCCUCACUUCGGACAUAAAGAGGAAUUAAAGAUCCAUUAUAGCUUAUAUACCAAGCCCCUUCUUUGUAGAACUUCACUACAAAGUGGCCUGUCUGAGUGUCUUUAUUUAAGUUUUUCUUGUACUUACGUAAUAUUAACAAAUUGAAAUUCAAUUAUUUAUUUCAGCUAUUAUACCCAUGUAAGAGUAGUUACAAAUUUUCUUAAAAACAGUGUUAGUAACUAUACAAAAUUAUUAUUAUAGUAGAUGUAAGUAUACAAAGCCCAAGUUAAUGUUCAUAUUCCUAUAAUGGUUUUUCAACAAAAGAUUUUUUUGUUGUAUACCGGGUGUGGCCUGUAACACGAGCAAAUAAUUAAAACAUAGAUUGUACUCCGCAAACGGUGACACUUUUGUUCAACAACUUUUAAAAAUUAUGAAGUAUUUAGACUCCCUAUUUUUCAUACAAAAUAAAUAUUAUCUUCAAUGGACGCCAUCGUCACGCCAUAUCAUUGUGAUUGACGUUGCUUGUCUAAAUUCGCAAUACAUUGCGUCUAAGAAUAAACUUUAAAGUGUAUUAAAAAUCAAACCACAAGUUAUUUUUAAAAGUAGCUGAACAAAUGUUGGUCAGUAUGAGGAGUACAGCCCACAGUUUAAUUUUUUGCUCAUAUUACAGGCCACACCCGGUAUAUAAUUUUUGCAUAGAACCUACAUGAAUGGAAAGUAGGUACCUUUUUUAAAAUAAUUCAUAAAAGCUUUUGAACAAAAUUUAAAAAACAUAUUAAACCCCCAGUUAGACAGUACCUUUAUGCAUUAAAUAAAAUGGAAAUACC